AUGAAAAGGCUAUCGUCUGAGCAAUUACAUAAUGUUAGGCGACUUGGAUCUUCGUCUCGUCUUCCUUUUUCAAACGACGAGCUUGUGGCACGUGGCUGGAAAGUCGAAAAGACAAACAAGAGUUUCAAGUGGACUGAACCAAACUCACAAAGAACAUUUAGAUCUUCAAGGGAUGUGGCUGCUUUUUUGGAGAGUCAGCCUUCCUUGGAAGGUCAGGCUUUCAGUGAAAGCGAUCCCGAGUAUGAGCCUGCAAGCGACGACUGCCGAAGCUCUCCGUUGAAGAGUAAUCCUGGUAGUGAACAUGAAGUUGAAGUCAAUCCUAAAAGAUCUUCAAGGGAUGUGGCUGCUUUUUUGGAGAGUCAGCCUUCCUUGGAAGGUCAGGCUUUCAGUGAAAGCGAUCCCGAGUAUGAGCCUGCAAGCGACGACUGCCGAAGCUCUCCGUUGAAGAGUAAUCCUGGUAGUGAACAUGAAGUUGAAGUCAAUCCUAAAAGAUCWAAAGUGGACACGACUAUUCAAGCUGUCAAGCUUCCCASAAAGUAYCACAUCGCCAUGACUAGCCAACUUGACACGUUCAUCAAGGAUAUAAAUAAAAGUCGGACUUGMUCUGUUGUUCAAGGAUGUGAAGCUGACACAAAUGGCAUAUCNGAAAGAGAAGAGAGUGAAGGUAGUAUUGAAAUGAAUGAAGAAGUAGAAAGAGAAGAGAGUGAAAGUAGUACUGAAGUGAAUGCAGAGGUAGAAAGAGUAGAGAGUGAAGGUAGUAUUGAGGUGAAUGAARAGGUCWGUCAUGAUUGUGAAAUUGAUGCUAGUGUGCCAGAUACCAGUAAUGGUAACAAAGGCUGUAGUAGUGGUGGUGGUAUAGGUGAUGAACAUGGUGAUAGAGAUGAUGAUGAUAGUGAUGACGAUGAUGAUAGUGAUGACGUUGGUGAUAGUGAUGAAUGCAUUAGUAGUGAAGAGAGUGAUGACAGUGACGAUGAUAGUGAGGAUUUCAAAUGUAAAGGCCAGCCAUAUAAAACACGACUUGUGYUUACAUGCCCACUUCAUGCCUUGCUCUAUGAAAUAGAGUGCGACAGAGUUGCUAGCAAAGCAAGGGAUGUGAUCCAUACAGAGAUGGGACGGGGCCAUUCUAACCUGCCCRAGAGCAAAUUUCAUGUACUAACAAGGUUUCGGCCGAAGAAUAUCAACCUGUGCCAGCUCCAUUACGAGUUUUCAACAAAUGUAGGGCUGUGUCAAAGCAAUAUGACAUUUAUKUAUAAAGAACAAGGAAAGAACUACCACUGGAUGAGAGAGCUUUUAGAAGGCAUGGCUUUGCCCAUUCCAGAUGGAAUUCAAGACAUUUGGGAAAGAGAAAACGAGACAAGAAUGAAAGCCCUCAGAAAACAACAAACGGACAAAGCAAAAACCGCCCGGGCCAAACGAAAACAAAAAAGACUCCAAGAAAGCAGAGAAAGGAGUAAGUUUGUCAGACGACAAAAGAUAAUCCAUAGUUAUGGUGAUGGAAAUGAAGACGACUUGGAGGAAGAGGAGGUUAUACAAAAAGUCAGAGGAAGAAGAAAUGUCCCGGUACAAGAAAACAAUGCUGUAGUAGAACCACCAGAUGGUGCUAGG